GUGAAGUGAGCAGUAGUUCCCACAUACACAGUCAAAAGUGUAAAUAAGUGAACACACACACACGUACUCAACAUGUGCCAAAGCAAGGAGUUUUGUGUAGCAGCUAAGUUCAACAUAAUACCAACAAGAGCAGCAAAUACAACGACAAGGACGAAAGCAAAGUCUAUGAAUUCAAUCCCAGCUGAUUUUAGCAAAAUACAAUAAACAAAAGGCAACCGCAGGAAUAACAGCAAUCACAACAGCCCACAGUUACACGCACUCAUAUACAUAUACCCUACACCCACACUUACGCACAGCGACCACGGACUGCAACAACAAUAACAACACACAUGCACACAAACGCAGAGUGGACGGAAAGCAAUAAGCUCCUUUAACCGAGUUGUUAACAUAAAAAACAGAAACCACAAACACGGUCAGCGCUGUAAAAAAAAGAGACACACAGAGACACAAAGGGGCAGAGAAACCAACCAACAUUAUAGCAGGAUCUCGUCGCAGUUCUCAGAAGCAUUAUGGCCGCUCCUGUUGACGAGAGCGUUUUGAACGCCCUGCGAGGCGUAACGACCGCCCAAACGCGUCUGCCCAAGCCACUGAUCAUUAAGAUCUAUGUGGCCAGUCUGAAGCAAGAGUUCAACCAGGAGCGUCGCAUGUUGCUCGAACUGGUGGGUCCCGAGUUGCAGACACUCUACGAUGAUCGCCAAAUAGAGUUGGAAAUCGUAGACAUGCACUUUGGUACCGGCCCUCUGGAUGUGACCCAGGUGGAACGUGAUCCGUAUAUGCUGCAGGACUAUUUGCACGAGAUCGACACCUGUCAUGCACACUCGAAGAGCGUCUUCUUUCUGGCCCUCAUUGGUGACUCCAUCGGGCGUCUUCCGCUGCCCACGCAUAUUGAUGAGGACAUUUAUGCGGCGCUGCUGGCCGAACACAUCACAAACGCCGAUGAAGUGGCAUUGCUGGCCCGUUGGUACACAAAGGAUGACAAGGCAGCACAACAUGUACUCAAACAGGAUUAUCGCGAACUGCCUCACGAGGUCUGGCUAACCGAUGAACAGCAACUACGUCGAAUUCUGGACCAGUCCCUGCAGCGACUGGUUUCGGAGAAAGCCAAUAGUUCAACAACUGCAUCGGAUCUCAUGCAGCGGGCUCAGCGUUUGCGCCUCACGCAAAUCGAGCACGAAGUGCAGCGGGCCAUGGCACUUUCCAAUGAGAAAAUACUGGCAGUAUUUCGGGAGCGUGCCGCUCAAUCCAGUAGCAAGGAUGUGGAGGCUGGGGAACGGUUGCGCAAAAUCAAAGACGAGCUCACGAUGAACCUAUCAACAGAUAAUCACACGACUUUGGUUGUGCCUGGCAGCGCCAGCAGCGAGGCCAUUGAUCCAGACAAUGAGGACCAUGAGACGUAUUUGAGCAAGUUCAAGAACAAAGUCACCGACAAGCUGCGUUUGCUAAUCGAGGCGCACAUUACAAAUGAUCCCGAUGUUAUCAAGGGGAGAAAAAAGACUGUGCAGGAAAUUUUUCACGAACAUGCCACACACCUGCGCAUCCUGCGCGAACACUGCAACAGCGACGCCCUCAUUCAGUCAAAGGUGCCGGAUCAGCUGCGUCAGAAUCUGAUGGCCAACUUUCGUAACGGCAGCCGUCACGCUCCUUACUUUAUCUGUGGUGCCCAUGGUACUGGAAAGAGCGCAAUCAUCACAACUCUUUAUAACCAGGUCGUCGAAUGGUUUUCCUCGACACGAGUGCAUCGCGUCAUUCGCUUUGCUAAGGCCACGCCUCGCUCCGCCUACAACCUGGAACUGUUGCGCGUCAUUUGCCAGCAAAUCUCAAUUAUAUUCAAUAUACCAGAGGGCUAUUUGCCCAAGGAUGCCUCCUUCGACCCAUUAUACAUCAGCAAUUGGUUCCAAAAUCUACUGCGUCGCAUCGAGGACAUGAGCAACGAUGUAUUGUUUCUCUUCAUCGAUGAUCUACAUCUGCUUAAUCCCUUGGACUGUGACAUUGUUGCCGCACUCUCCUGGCUGCCCACAUCGCUGCCCUGGAAUGUCCAACUCAUCUGCACCUCGACCUCACCUGUGGAGCAUCUCAAAUUCACGCCCAUGCAACGGGAUCGCUUCAAAUCCAACGAAUACCAAUUCGAUCUAAAUGCUAGCGAGUUUGCCACGCAGUUGCGCCGCCCAGAGUCCUGCGGGCAAGACAUCAACUUUGUGAUUUACGUCGAGCAGCAAUUCGAUGCGUUAGAACGAUGCUAUGGAAAACAGGCAGUAGGCAGUCUAGCCGCCUACAUUACUUGCGCGGAGUACGGCCUGUCCGAGACCGAGCUGCUGGAGCUCCUCAUGCCCACCGAUGAUCCAGAGUCUUUGAUAGAGACAAGAAAUGGACAUUUUAGCUUCUCGUCCUUCAAAAAGAUACACAAUGAAAUGGAAAAGUUAUUGCUGCUGCGCGACAAAAUAAUGUCGGGCAAGGUGUUAAUUCAAUGGCGUCACAAUUAUUGCGGCGCUGUAGCAAUGCGUCGCUAUAUGGAUACGCAACGCCGACGGCAGUUGCAUAUUGAAUUGGCAAACUUGUUUUUCCCUCAAGACGAGGACGAGAGCACACUUGAGAACGAUUCCACCAGAAGUGAGACGAAGUCGGUCAUUAGCAUGAAGGAGCGUGAUCCAAUGAGGGACAGCAAGGAGAAAGAGCGCGACAAGGAUAGUGUUUCAGCGGGACGCAAGUCAUCAUCCACGCAUCACAAUGACGACACAUCGACCUUCUACAAUCCCAUUGCCGCGGACGUAUCCUACAGCAUGCGGCAUGUCGAGGAAAGCUGGCAUCAUCUCAUGCGCUCAGAUGAUACAAUGCGCUUCAAACAGAUUGCAGUCUGUAAUUUCGACUUUUUGCUAGCGGCCGUGCAAACAGUGUCUAUCAGCUAUUUGCGUUGCCUGAUUGAGCAUGUGCGCUGCUUUAUAUUGGAUCGCGAUAUCGAGCUCAUCUACUACACCAUCCGCAAGUCAAGCGAUGUGCUGACCCGUGAUCCCAUGCAGCUGGGCUCGCAGCUCAUCUCCUGGCUGCGACCGAUUGGGGAGCACGAUGACGAUGACAACUCCCUCUUGAGCAUGACAGUGCGCUCUGCCACAGCCUGGUGCGAUGGCUAUGCUGUGCCGCUGCUAGUGCCCCUUACGGGCUGGCUACCGGCACCGUUGCCCUCCCAGAUUCGCACCAUGACCGUCACCGGCACAGGUGGCAUCAUUAGAGCCGUUUGUGUGGCACCUUCGAAGCAGCAUCUCAUACUGGCCACCAACUCCGGCGAUGUACAGCUGUGGCACAUCAUGAGCAACUCACUGGAGCACAUAUUUAAGGGACACACAGCCGCAGUCACGUGCCUGCUGGUGGCGCCACAUCAAUCCGAUAUCUUGCUGACGGGCUCGGAGGACGCCAGUGUACUCGUCUGGCACGUGUCCGGGCGCGAGCGCCGAGCGCUCAUCAAAGCACACUCUGCGCCAGUGACGGGUGUGGCAGCUGGCGUCAAUAAUACCUUGGUCAUUAGCAGCAGCGAGGAUGCAACAAUUGCGAUAACGGACCUGCUCAGCGGGAAAUUGAAGCACAGAAUUACAUACCAUCGUGCUGGAGUAAGCGGCAUCCUUGUGGCCGGAGCCUGUGACGUUCUGAUUUCGGCCAGCCUGGACAAAACGAUUUGUGUUUGGAAUCUUGACAAUUAUGCACUGCUCAACACAAUGCAAAUGACAAGUGCAGUGCUCAGAAUCGACAUCUCAUGGAACUCGGUAUUUUUGCUGGCUCAUUGCGAAGAUAAUGCUCUGUACGUGCGCACCCUGGCCACCGGUAAGGAGUUGCACACUCUGAAGGGCCACAAGUCACGCAUACGCACGAUUUCGAUUGGAAAGGACAGUCAACGUUGCGUUGUUGGCUGCGAGGACACACGCGCCCUCAUCUACGAUAUGCAUUCCGGGAAACUGGUGCGCUCCAUGCCGCCCAAUCCGGGGCCAGUGACCGCCGUCUAUGCCAUGGAUAAUGAUGAUUUUCUCAUCACGGUGGGCGGUAAUAAGAUAACAUUCUACUCGUUUCGUAACGAGGAGCUCUACGUGCAUCCUUAUUCGCGCAAUCAGCGACGCAAGCGCUCAUUGAAACGUCUAACGCAGGCACAGCGCUCGCCAUCGACCACCCUACCACCCAUCACCUGUUUCGACCUCUCCCGCGACUCGCAACAGCUGGCCAUUGCCUCCGGACGAAGUGUGCAUUUAAUGCGCAUCAAUACCCCCGAAUACCAAACCACACUGGAUGGACAUGCUUGCGUCGUGAAUUGUCUGAAGUUUGCGCCAAACUGUGAGUUCCUCGCCACUGGCUCCGAAGAUCGCAUUGUGCAGGUCUGGAAUUUGGCAUUGUGUGAGGUCAAGAACACGUUCAAGGGCCAUGCAGCUCCGGUGGUGCAGGUGGUGUGGCUGAUGGACUCGCUACGCAUUAUUUCAACGGAUCGUGAAUCAGCACUCCUUGUCUGGAUGGCUGACUCGGGCAACCUGCUUCAGACUAUACAGGGGCCCUACAAGAGCCUGGCAGUUACCAAUAAUAUGCGCUUCGCCGCCUCCACUAAUGGCGAUAAUACGCUUAAAAUUUGGUCGCUAGUCCAGGAAGACGAGAAAUACUCGGUCUCGCACUCAGAUGAGAUAACCUGCUUUGAGAUCAGCGCAGACAGUCUACACAUAAUAACGGGUUCGCGUGAUAUGUCGUUGAAGGUAUGGCAAUCGAUCGGUGGUAAGCUCUCGCAAGUGUUGGUCGGACACAGCGAUGCGGUCACCUGCGUUACAGUUUCUGUGACAAACAAGACUCAGGUGAUUUCGGGCUCCAAGGAUAUGAAUUUGAUUAUCUGGGAUCUAUUGACGGGCGAAGAAAUACAUACACUGGCCGGUCACUUGGGUGCCGUCAUUGGUGUAAAGGUUUCUGCCGAUGGAUCCACUGCUGUGUCAGGCAGCGAUGACAAAACGCUCAUCGUGUGGGAAACUAAGCGCGGGUUAGCCCUGACCUCGCUGCAAAUGCACGUCCCUUUUACACAUUUCGACAUCAGUCUGGAGGUAUCACGAGUGAUGGUUCAACUGGUUGACAGCUUCAAUUUGCCUGUCAUCUGUCUCCAUAACACGCCAGCGCAGUACGUCAAGCUGCCCACAUAUUCAGGCCCCACCAAGGACGUCGAAGAUUUGCGGCCUCAGGGACCAAAGCGUCAGAUGAAGCGAUUGUUGAAAAAGGAGGUCUCUUUGGACACCUACACCUGGCAGAAGAAGUACGGCCAUUUGACCUCCUCUGUUAUGAUGGCGCAGGUAGAUGAGCGCCUGAAGCGCCGUUUCUCCGUUUCGGCCAGCAUGGAAGAGAUUUCAAAGAUAGCCGAAUCUAAGACAGGCACCUCUCAGGCUAAUCUCGGCCCAGAGCAAGCAGCUCUAGCCCAGUCGCAGCACUUCGAUCAGCUGGAGGCGCUCUGGAAUAAGCGCUCACCGCCACGUCGUCGCCACAAUGCGGGCCUCUCGCGCCAGACCUCGCUCGUCGAAGACCGGCUCGAGUCCUCCGAUGACGACGAGUACCAGGACGAACGCGCAGGUAUGUUGUCAGCCUCCUACGACCACAUCCACCUACUCGCACGCUUGCCCGGCAUGUUGCGCAUCCGUUCCCUGCACGAUGCAUGGAAGACCAAUAGCUUGCGAGUGCCCCGAACCAAGUUUUACGUCAGUAACCCACACACCAGCACCACCACGCUCAACAGCAGCACACACAGACCCCACAAGGACAAAGGCCGUUCAACGGUCGAGGUGCCAGACACUGCAACCAACCCCCCGCACACUUUCGCUCAGGUAAACAUCUGCGAACGGCAUUCCCUGCCUCACACCUCCCAGCAGCAACCCGAUCUUGUGCGCGAUCUGCUACAACAGACAGGGGGUCCUUCACAUAGCCCACCGCACCACAGCAGGCUUCGUCAGUAUUUCCACUGGCCCAGCCUCAAGUCACGUCUUUGGCAACGUGACCAGCGCCGCAAUUGCAAUUCGCUGCACCCCCACUUCCACCUAAAUGCGGCAGACCGCGUCCGCCCAGCUAUCACGCCCAUGCCAAUCAUUAUAGUCGAGAACUAUGACAGCUGUAAUGUGCAGCCAGUGCGCACGGAGCUUAUCCUGCCGCCCCAAUGUGUGCAGCGGGCCUCCUUGGGCCACAUUGUGACCGAAACGGGGACUGAGACUUCACAGAAGCACAGCUCCUGUGGCUACUUCAGCCGUCGUUGGCGAGUGCUGCGGCGCAAGUCCCCCAAAGCAACGACUCCAACCAAAACCCACACAAGUAGCCACCACUCUACCGAAACAAACACGGCCACAUGCAAUAAUUGCGUGACGCAGUGA